CGUCCCUCAUUCGCCACAAGCGCUUUCCUGAGUGCAGUUGAAGGUCUAGCAUAUGGAAACGGAGAGGUAGUCCGUCUGAACGAGUAGUUUCAAAGCGGAAGGGGAAGCCAUCGAGCUUUAUUUUCGACAAAGUGGCUCAGGAAUGAUAUUGAAACUAAGCCAGAUAGAAUUUGUCACUACAAUGAAGCCCCUAGACUUGUGCUUUAGACUUGUGUGUAGUUUUAUCGCUAUUAGCACAGUCUCUGGAUUCUACCUUCCGGGUUUAGCUCCGGUGAAUUUCUGCGAAGAGGAUAAGAAGACCACUGACUGUCAGAAUGAGAUCCAGCUGUUUGUUAACCGGUUAGACUCGGUGGAAUCCGUCCUGCCCUACGAGUAUGACGUGUUUGAUUUUUGCAAAGAUGAACAGGAGAAUAGGCCGUCGGAAAACCUUGGCCAGGUGCUGUUCGGGGAGAGAAUAGAGACGUCACCUUACAAGUUCAAUUUCAAGAAAGAUGAGCCUUGCCACAAAGUGUGCACCAGAUCUUAUGAUACAUCUAAACAGGAAGAUACAACUACUUUGGAGUUCCUUAAGAGAGGCAUGGACCUAAAUUACCAGCAUCACUGGAUUGUUGACAACAUGCCUGUAACAUGGUGUUAUGAUGUGGAGGAUGGUCAAAAGUACUGUAAUCCUGGCUUUCCUAUUGGUUGCUUAGUAACCUCUGAUGGACGAUCUAAAGAUGCCUGCGUCAUUAAUUCUGAGUUCAACAAGAAAAAUACUUACUACCUCUUCAACCAUGUGGAUAUCACCAUAACUUACCACAGUGGGGAAAAUGAGAGCUGGAAAGGUUCUCGGCUGGUUGGUGCUAGACUGGAGCCAAAAAGCAUUAAACACAGUGAGGAAAACAGCCAGUCAUGUGAAGGACCGCCCAUGGAUGUACCAAAUGAGUUCACUGGUAAUCUGAAAGUGACCUACUCUUAUUCCGUCAAAUUUGAGCACUCGGAUCAGAUCAAAUGGGCUUCAAGGUGGGAUUACAUUUUGGUGUCCAUGCCUCAUACAAACAUCCAGUGGUUUAGCAUCAUGAACUCUCUGGUCAUUGUGCUCUUCCUCUCUGGUAUGGUUGCCAUGAUUAUGCUGAGAACACUACACAGGGACAUCGCCAGGUACAAUCAGGUGGACCAGGCAGACUUGGUUAAGAUCCACCAACACUCAGGCAUUGCAUAUGAGGAUGCCCAGGAGGAGUCGGGGUGGAAGCAGGUGCAUGGGGAUGUGUUUAGACCACCCAGGAGUGGCAUGCUGCUGUCUGUCUUUUUAGGGCAGGGCACACAGAUUUUCAUCAUGACCUUCAUCACGCUGUUUCUAGCUUGCCUUGGAUUUUUGUCGCCAGCGAACAGAGGAGCCCUUAUGACCUGUGCAGUGGUGCUGUGGGUCCUCCUGGGCACUCCUGCUGGCUACGUAUCAGCCAGAUUGUAUAAGAGUUUUGGUGGUGAAAAAUGGAAAACAAAUGUUUUAUUGACAGCCCUUUUAUGUCCUGGCAUUGUGUUUGCGGAUUUCUUCUUGAUGAAUCUGAUUCUGUGGGUAAAGGGCUCGUCUGCUGCAAUCCCAUUCGGCACACUGGUAGCCAUCCUGGCACUAUGGUUUGGCAUUUCUGUUCCGCUCACCUUUGCAGGUGCAUAUGCAGGCUUCAAAAAACCGGUGAUUGAAGUGCCGGUACGAACAAACCAGAUUCCACGGCAGAUCCCAGAGCAGUCGUUUUUUACCAAACCUAUCCCUGGCAUCAUAAUGGGUGGCAUCCUACCUUUCGGCUGCAUUUUUAUUCAACUCUUCUUCAUUCUCAAUAGCAUCUGGUCUCAUCAGAUGUAUUACAUGUUUGGCUUCCUAUUCUUGGUGUUUAUUAUCCUCUUCAUCACAUGUUCAGAAGCGACCAUUCUGCUCUGCUAUUUUCAUUUGUGUGCUGAGGAUUAUCACUGGUGGUGGCGAUCAUUUCUCACUAGUGGAUUUACUGCGGUUUACCUUUUCAUCUAUGCUGUACAUUAUUUCUUUUCCAAGCUUCAAAUCCAAGGAGCUGCCAGUACCAUUCUUUAUUUUGGCUACACCAUGAUCAUGGUCCUCAUAUUCUUCCUCUUCACAGGUACCAUUGGCUUUUUUGCCUGUUUCUGGUUUGUAAAUAAAAUCUACAGUGUGGUGAAGGUGGACUAAGGCGGGGAAUCUCCGCACUGAACUCUCUGGACAAUGUGAUGAAAUAUCUUCAUCUUGAUUGGCAGACUUUUAGAGAGAAAUGAUCUUUGCUUGUAAACUAGUUUUCCUGUCAUAAUUCUGUUUCUACUUGUAUGUAAUUUGGUUGAUUUUAAUUUGCACAAUUACCAUGUUUGAACAUUAUGAAUGUGACGGACAAGCUGACCGGGGGGCAAAAGCAGAACUGAGCGGGCUCAACCAUUUGCACGUGAAAGGGUUUACUUGUCAUUCAUAAUCGUGGACUCUAGAAACUGUAAAAAAAGUGAAGGAACACAAAUUUUGAUCAAAUAAUCUAUAGGGAAAGUUAACUGAACGUUAAGCACAAAUUACUAUUGGACUAGACAUUCAUAUAUAUAUAUAUAUAAUGAUUUUAUAUUGUUCUCCAAUUAUGCUUAUUUCUUUUAUUUUACACAUGUUGUGCUGUAAGUUUUAGAAGUUGAAUGUUUAAACAUCCAUUAUAAUUGUUAGUUCUGUUUUAUACUUUCAUUUUAGCCCAAAGGUAAAAAGGUUCGUAAAUAAAAAAGGGGAUUUUAAAGGAUUGUUCAUAUCACCAAUAAUUGGAUAUUAAAAUGACUGUUAUUGUAUCAUCAA